CUCGCUCUCUCCUGUCAGGUUUGAGACAGGCUUGAAACUAGCGUACAACGAUGUGGGAUUUUGGAGUUACAACAGUUGCCUUAUUUCUGGUCGUGGUACUGGUAGUGUUAUGGCUAUUCAACGCGGCGCCCAUCUGGUCUUCCCCCCGGACCCCCUCUCCUUCCGUUCGUGGGGAACGCCCUGUCCAUGGACGCUGAUCCCCGGGUCUUGUUCAAGAACCUCCGACAGAAGUGGCGACAUUUUCAGUCUGUAUGUUUUCCACAAGCCUCUCAUCGUCCUCAACGGCUACAACGUUAUUAAAGAAGCCAUAGUGAAGAACGCCGACGUCUUCUCCGACAGACCGCACUCUUUUUUGACUGAUUUCAUAUUAAAGGGAAAAGGAGUAGUCGGAACCUCCGGGGACUUGUGGCAUGAACAGAGACGAUUUGCUCUCAAUGCUCUGCCGAGAGUUUGGAGCGGGAAGAACCAUCACGGAGGAAAAAAUACACGAGGAAAUUGCACAUGGAGAACCUGGCUGAGACUAUUGCUGAUCUGUUCGUUGGGGGCUUCGGAGACGACGUCCACCACAAUACGCUGGGCGCUGGUCUACUUCCUGAACUACCCGGAUGUACAAGACAGGUGCUUCCAGGAGAUUCUGGAAAACGUGGGUCAGAGCAGACGACCCUCCAUGAAGGACAGGACGAACCUUCCUUACGUGGAGGCCACCAUCUUGGAAACCUUAAGAUACGCUGAUAUUGCUCCUAUUGCUGUCCCUCACUCAGUUGCACAAGAUGUACAGUUCAGAGGAUACACCUUCCCACAAGGCGUCACAGUUAUAUUGAACCUUGAUUCAGUCCUCCAAGACACGGAUGUAUGGGGAGACCCGCAAAACUUUCGACCGGACCGUUUCCUCGAUGACGCAGGCAAGAUUCAGAAGAGGGAGGAAUUUAUCCCCUUUUCGUUGGGGUCUGGGAGACAGUCCUUGGCCACUCCACACAUGUACAAGACAUGUGCAUGA